AUGCCAGACGCGAAUUUGCAUAGAGCUGAAUAUGAAAAACGCGAAAGUUUUCAUCGAGUUUUCCCUGACACUCCUGUCGGUUUUCGCGGGAAUUUCGACUGCGAAGGAUUGGCCGAAAUACCUGCCCCCCACGUGCCACAGGUUCGAUAAACAUUUAAACAACUGUCUAGUGGAUACAGCACACAAAAUGAAGCCGUUCCUGGUCAAAGGCAUCCCCGAGCUGGGAUUCCCCCCGUUCGAGCCGUUCAUUCUGCCGGAAGUCAAGCUGCAACAGGGCAGUUCCGCUUUGAAUUUCAAAGCCACCUUGAUCGAUACGGCGAUUUCGGGGUUGACGGAUUACGAGUUUACUAGAUUCGAUUUUGACGUGCCCAAUAUGCAGUUCUUUUGCGAAUGCAGCAUCAGGCAAUUGAGGUUGAAGGGAAAUUAUACGGUAAAAGGGAAAAUCCUCAUCGCCCCGAUCGAAGGUUCGGGUACGUUCGAGGCUUCAGUGGAUAACUGUAACGCAACUGUAUACCAAAAGGUCGUUGAAGAAAAAGGCAAAAACGGCCUUACUUAUCUCACGCCAGUAUUCACUAACAGUUCCAUCCAGGUCAGCGGACCCAAGGCCGUUCUCCAAGGAUUGUUCGACAACAACAGCCAGCUGAGUAACAUAACGAAUAAGGUGAUCAACGACAACGUCAACGAGUUGUUUCAAGAUUUGAAGCCGGUUUUGGAGAAAGUCGUGACGAAUAUAAUGCAAGAUUUGCUGUUCAAGUCCAUCGAGGGGCAGAUACCCUUCCAGAAAUUAUACCCCCCUAUACCUUAAUAAAAC